UUGGAACCAGUUUAAUUUUUUUUAUCAUGUUUACUCUUGAUAAUUUGUGUUAAAUUUUUUCUAUUCGUUAGUAAAUACUGCUUUGUUUUGGAACGAUAUUAAUCAUUUUGUCCUCCUUUGUACUUGAAAAUACUAUGCUGUUGGUAUUUAUUUUAGGUUUUCAGUUUUAGUUUGUAUUACAACUAUCUUUGAUUAUAAUGUCUUAACAUUUAUAGACCUAGUCUUAUAUUUUUAAGCUGAAACUUUUGUUGUACUAGCGAAGAUAGCUGAAAUAGUUGAGGAUGGUCCUUGGUGGUACUCUGCUUGUGUGUGUGGCAGAGGUUGUGUUUGGCACACAGUCUCCUCCUAUAUUCCAAGAAAUUGUUGGAAAAACUAUGCUGUUCAAGGUUCUUAAUAGGCCUGUUGGGAUGGAGAAAUUCAUAAGGACUUAUCCAAUAAGGCGUGAUUGUGAUGAUGCUGCAAUAGUUGGAAUGUUUGAGCUCUCUAGUUUAGAUUUGAGUCCUGAAAAGGUUGGGUUUGUACCAAAAGGAGAGGGAUCAUUUGGGAAACUCUUUAAAGUUACCAAAUCACCGAAUUUGGGAUUGACUCCUUCCAGCUGCUCUGAGCUCUUUGCUGGUUCUUCUCAAUGUACCCAAAAGAAAUCAAGUGUUGUUGACUUGGGAGCUAAUGAAGAUGCUAAGUGUCCUCUCCUCAAGAGAAAGUCUGCUGAUGUUGUGGUUGAUAAGUUAAAUAAAGUGGAUAGUUCUAAAAAUUCAUGUGAUGAAGUUGAUGAAAGUGAAGAGGAGAAUGUGGUUGGCCUUAAUCAAGGCUCUCUUGAUGCUGAGAAAGAUGUGAAGCCUUCGUUGAAGAGGUUGAGAAGAUUCUUGAGGCUGCAAUUUGAUGAAGCUAAUGAGUCCCGUGGCUCGGGGAAUGAUGGCUCCUCUGGACAUGGGCCUCAGAGUGGUGGUAUGGGUCUCAGCGAGUCAGCAUUGUCGUCAACGCCGUGGUGCUCUGUCUGCCCGUUCAUCGCUCUACUUCCAGAGUUCCAAUGGAGUCUCAGUCUCAGGUAUGCGCCAAAUGAGAUUAUUGAGAGAGCCAUGGAUGUUCUUAUGCACAAGAGAUUGCUGCAUUUGGCUUGCGAUCCUGUUAAUAGGCUUGCAAUUGAAUUCAUGCUUUAG